GGUUUCUGCAUUUUGCCUGGUGAGUAAGGAAAGCUCAGAGAGUGAGGGAUACAGUUCUUCCUCAAAAAUGUAUCCAAAUCCAUUCAGUUUCUGUAUUUGGAUAGUGAGAGUUUGGACAAUUUACCUGAAUAUAUUUGGUUCCUGCAUUUUAUUUUUGGUGAGGAAGAUUGUCGCUGAGCCAACGUCUAUGCCAGUCUUCCUCUGUUUUGUGUGUGGGACACCACAGCAGUAUGGCUUGAUGAGCAGUGUGUAGGUCGGCGCCCGGGAUCCGGACCUGUGAACCCCAGGCCACUGAAGCAGAGCCUGUGAACGUAACCACCAUGCCGCCAGGCCAGCCCCAGGUUCCCAUGUUUUUGAUGUUGAGUAGGGAGAGGUUGGAUAAUGAGGGAAAACAGCCUUGUUUCAAAUAUGUUUGGUUUGACGAGUAGGGAGGGUUCCAUGUCUGGGUAGCAAGUAGGGAGGGUUUGGAGGCUGAGGGAUACCAGCUGUCUCUCAAAAAUAUACAUAUACAUAUGGAGAAAUAUUUGUAAUUAUGAAAGCCAGUACAUACUGAGCAUUUACUGCAGGCCAGGCAUGGUCCUAAGCAAGCUUUAAAUGUAUUAACUCAUGCUCACAGCAGCUCUGUGAGGUACAUAUUCUUAUCGUCACCCCCAUUUUACAGAUGCGGACAUUCAGGCACAGAGGUUAAGUGAUUUGUCCAAGCAGUCACACAGCCAGUAGGUGGCAGAGCUAGGUUGAAUCCCUGACCCACCACUUGCUACCCCUACAUGAGGCCGGGUGAGGCUCAGGUCCUGGCUGGGGUGGGGCUUAGAGGUUGGCUGUCUUCUAGGCUGUUAAAAGUCGUGGGCCAGGGCAGUGGUGUGUGUGGGUGCCUCUGCCCCAUCUGUCUGCCUGGCCCGAGGGGCCCUUACUCUCCUCUCCUCACUCCCGCGCCCUCCACCUGCGUGAGUUUAUUAUUGUCGUCAUUAACAGUCAUUAAUGACGUGGUGCGAGUUACCAUGCACUUUGAAAUGCCUUCCAAAGUUCCUUUCGCCUCUGUCGGCUCUGAAACCACUCUGAAACCACCGUGUACCCGUUUUACAGAUGAAGAAAACUUGAGACUUAAUCUUCAUUGCCAGCCUGAUGCCCUUGUCCCUCUCGGCUCUGAUUUUAUAAACAUCCCUCUUCCCAACAUCCUUGGUGUCCCACAGGAGGCAGGAGAGGCCAUGGCUGAGAGGACACUCCCCACCAACACCCAGCUGCCCACCUUAUGGCUACCGCCUCCACCAGCCCCAGGCAGUGAAGCGGGGGGAGAAGGGGGGUGAUGAAAGGGGCCUUUGUGUCCCAUGCCAGAAAUCUCACACCCAGGAAGAAAGGUGGGCAGGGUGGCGGGAGGCCACAAUAGCGUGUAUGUGGGGCGUUGCUGAUCCAGUGAGCUCCUCUCCGGACUUGGCCCGCCUGCCAAGCAGAGAGGGAGCUUUCCUCACUCUGCUUUCACAUCAUGGCGUGGGCUGCCGCAGGGGCCUGGCUUGGGCUUGGGCCCUGAGGUCACAAAGUAGAUGGUCCCAAAUGGAGUACAGGCUGUGUGGUGUAUGCCGGGACAGGCCCAGAGCUCGGGUGGCGGUGUGGGGAAGACAGUACCUCAGGGGGACUCAGAGCCCUCAGUUUCCUUGGCAUCUGUCCAGAAAUGCCUCGGGGCAGGGGGGUGGAUGGGGGAGACCCAGCCUGGUCGUGAAGAAGCGUGAGCCCCCUUUCCCACUCCUCCUCCCUUGCGGGAGGAGCCUCUGUCGGCCUCCACCGCAGGAGCCAGCCCCCCGACUUCUGCUUCUACCUGCUCUUAUGCCUCUGUGAUCAGAAUCAGGCCUCUUCACCUCCCCGAGCCGCAGCUUCCACAUCUACAGGCUGGCUCUGAGGAGCUGGGUUGGUGCCUUCCUCCCAGGUUUGUAGGGAUCUGGAGGGCUUGAACCACAUGUGUGUGUUGUUGGUUUGCUAGGAUGAUUUCUUCUGGAGCUGCAGAAGGUGGUAGAGUCUUGAGACCUGGUCUCUCCUUAGAAAAGUUGACCCCCUCUCUCCCAACUUGGGCAAUAAUCAUCCCAGUGAGGGUGGGACUUGCUCUAAGACCUAAGACCUUCUCCCAGCCCUGCCUUGCCCCGGGAGGGAAGGGUAGGGGCCUCAGGAAUGUGAUGUGUGCUGCCAAGAGACACACACCCAAUUUACACCCAAGACCUCCUGUGUGCCUAGCAGCUCCCCGGCUCUCUGUCCCCCAGCUCCUAGGUAGUACCCUUGGCUGGGCCAAGUCUGAUCUGGGAACUUGAGCGGCACCAGAGUCAGCUGCCGCUGCCACGACCCUUAGCCCUUCUUCCUCAGUCCUCUGCUAGGCAGUGAGGGGGGAGGUCCAGGUCUUGGCCAUGUUGGACACCCUGAGGGGACCUGGCUUCCAGACUGCCCCUGAGGGUAGCCCGAGCCCUGGUGGCAGGCAGGCAGGCAAGGGUUAAAAGGUAUGGGCCUGCCCAGUCCCUGGCCAGGUAGGCUGGGCCAUUGCCUAGUGGGAGGCGGCCUAGGCAUCCGCCACUGCACUCCCCGCUCACUGCCACUACCAGCCGGAGCAGGGCCUGGUCAAGACAACUGUUUUUUUGAGGUACCCAAGGCCACCCCACAGCACGUCUCUGGCAUUGGCAAGACUCCUGACGGUGACCCAUGGGCCUCUGAGGAGGCGUUGUAAGUCCGCCCGGCUUCCCACUUGCUGUACUCCCACUCAAUGGGAAGGGAACCAAGGCCUUGUCCAGCCAUCAGCCCCGGCCUCUUGACAGCACCAGGAUGGAAGUCAAAGGUCAGCUGAUCAGCUCUCCCACCUUCAAUGCCUCAGCUGCCCUGUUUGGAGAGGCCGCCCCCCAGGUGAAGUCAGAGCGUCUGCGGGGGCUGCUUGACCGGCAGCGGGCCCUGCAGGAGGCCCUGAGCCUGAAACUUCAGGAGCUGCGCAAAGUGUGUCUCCAGGAGGCGGAGCUGACUGGCCAACUGCCCCCUGAGUGCCCACUGGAGCCAGGUGAACGGCCUCAGUUGGUCCGCCGGCGGCCCCCUGCAGCCCGAGCCUACCCUCCACUGCACCCCAACCCAGCACACCACUCCUUGUGCCCUACUGAGGAGCUGGCUCUUGAGGCCCUGGAGCGUGAGGUGUCAGUGCAGCAGCAGAUUGCGGCCGCUGCCCGCCGCCUGGCCUUGGCCCCUGAGCUGAGUGCCGAGCAGCGCCGACGCCGGCGCCAGGUGCAGGCAGACGCGCUGCGGAGGCUGCAUGAGCUGGAGGAGCAGCUCGGGGACGUCCGGGCCCGCCUUGGCCUCCCAGUGCUCCCGCCACUGUCCACGGGGCCAGUUAUCACCACCCAGGGAGUGUGCCUGGGCACGCGCCUCGCUCAGCUCAGCCAAGAGGAUGUAGUUCUGCACUCGGAGAGCAGCUCCCUCUCAGAGUCUGGGGCCAGCCAUGAUAAUGAGGAGCCCCGUGGCUGCUUCCCUUUGGCCGAGCGUCCCUCGCCACCCAAAGCCUGGGACCAGCUGCGGGCGGUGUCUGGGGGCAGCCCUGAGCGACGAACCCCGUGGAAACCACCCCCAUCAGAUCUUUAUGGGGAUCUGAAGAGCCGGCGGAACUCUGUGGCUAGCCCCACCAGCCCCACACGCUCGCUGCCCAGGAGUGCCUCCAGUUUUGAGGGGCGAAGUGUGCCUGCCACCCCUGUCCUCACCCGGGGCGCUGGCCCCCAGCUUUGCAAACCCGAAGGCCUCCAUUCUCGCCAGUGGUCCGGCAGCCAGGACUCCCAGAUGGGCUUCCCACGGGCGGACCCUGCCUCCGACCGCGCCUCCCUCUUUGCAGCUCGCACCCGCCGCAGCAACAGCUCCGAGGCCCUGCUAGUGGACCGGGCAGGUGGUGGGGGAGCCAGCUCCCCACCUGCACCUCUGGUUCCCCCUGCCACUGGCCCCCCGGUCUGUAAGAGCAGUGAGGUGCUGUAUGAGCGCCCCCAACCAACCCCUGCCUUCUCCUCCCGCACAACAGGCCCCCCAGACCCUCCCCGGGCUGCCCGGCCUAGCUCAGCAGCCCCUGCCUCCCGCGGGGCCCCCCGGCUCCCACCUGUGUGCGGAGACUUCCUCUUGGACUACUCCCUGGACCGGGGCCUGCCCCGUGGUGGCGGCGGGGCAGGCUGGGGGGAGCUGCUGCCCGCAGCUGAGGUCCCAGGACCCCUCUCCCGCCGGGAUGGGCUCCUCGCCAUGCUCCCAGGCCCACCACCUGUGUAUGCAGCUGACGGCAGCAGCCCCCUCCUCCGCAGCAAGGACCCCCACACCCGUGCCACCCGCACCAAGCCCUGUGGCCUGCCCCUGGAGGCCACUGAGGGUCCAGAGGUGCAUCCAAACCCUCUGCUGUGGAUGCCGCCGCCCACCCGUAUCCCCCCAGCUGGUGAGCGCAGCGGCCACAAGAACCUUGCCCUGGAGGGGCUGCGGGACUGGUACAUCCGGAACUCGGGACUGGCCUCGGGGCCCCAGCGCCGGCCUGUGCUCCCCCACAUGGGCCCGCAACACCCACCCUUCCUCCAUGCCCGCUGCUAUGAGGUGGGCCAGGCGCUGUAUGGGGCCCCCAGCCAGGCGCCGCUCCCACACUCAAGGAGUUUCACGGCGCCCCCUGUCUCCGGCAGGUAUGGGGGGUGCUUUUACUGAUGGGUAGGGGUCUCUUGAGGCAUAUGGCAAAGGCAUCCAGGCCAGAGAGCAGCUGGUCGUGAUAGCUAAUGACUUGGACCACAAGAGAACUAGCUGCAGCCUUGGCCCAGGGUCUCUGGGCCCUGCCUGAGCUGCCUUAGUCCACGGGGUCUCGGUGGAGGGGUAUCUUGGGCCCUGGUAGCAGUAGUUUUUUACAAAGCUAUAGAAGAAUUUUAAUAUUUUAACAGCCAGUGCAUGUCAGCUGAAAAUGAGCCUUGAAACCAGGGUGCUGGCAGGAAGGGACAUCCCGUGUGCCUUGCCUUUCUCUUCCUCUUUUCACCAUGCCCCACCCUUGCGAGCCUAAAGGUGCUGUCCUGUGCCUGCCUCCGCCUCUUUAACGAGCCUCUUUUCCUCUCUUUCUGUGUCUUGUCUGUCUUUUCCUCUCUUCUCUGUCUUCCCGCCCUGUCCUCCGGACUCCUGCUACCCCUUCUAAAGAUACUACGCGGACUUCCUGUACCCCCCGGAGCUGAGCGCUCGUUUAAGUGACCUGACGCUAGAGGGGGAGCAGUCCUCCAGUUCUGACCCCCAGACCCCAGGGACACUGGUCUGACCCCUUCUGAUAUGCCCCUCGUUGGUCUGGGCAUGACUCCAGUCUGGGGAGCACACAGCUGACCUCGCUGAGCCCUGGGGUGGGGUUGUUCUCAGUCCUGGGUCGGGGCGCCAAUCAGAUCUUCCAAGGCCCCUAGCUCCCUGUGGGUCCAUGAAGGUGUCUGACACCCUGCUUCUCUCACACUGUGCUGGGGACUGAGGGCCCUCAGCUAGCUUAAAAGAGGGGGGGAUGGUGUAAUGGGGACUCCAAGCCCCUUCCUCCAUUUCUGUUUACAGUUGUGACUUAGGUAUUCACUGUCUUCCCCCAACACUAGACGUUUUAUGAAAGGGAAACUGUGAUCUCGUCCUGGUUGGGUUCAUUCCCGUCCCCGUGCCCAGCCUGUUCCAUUUAGGAACCCCCUCCACAAAAUGGACCACAUAGGGUCUCAGGGCCCUGUUUGGGGCAGCCAGGAUACUCCGGUGUGAACAGAACUCCCUGCCACCCCUCGCCAGGGCAGUUCUUGGGGAGGUGGGCUCUCUGCCCACAUUUGGAAGGACUGAAGUCUGGGUGGGGGGCUUGGGUUCAUUUUCCCACCCUCAGGGGUGCCUGAAGGAGCCCCAGUCCCUGUCUGCCUGUCUGUGCCCGCUGCCUCUGCCCACAGGGUGAGAUAGCCCAGCCUUUGGCGGCAGCCUCCGCCCUGUCUAUCCCCGAUCAGGAGGCCCCGCAGGAGGGCCAAAGGGCAGAGCCAUCGGAUGUGUUGUGUCCUGGGAUGCUGCGGUGGUGGAACCUGGCGUCUGGUAGAUGCCAGUAAAAUCCUCAGGUGACGUCUGGCCAUGGGCUACGUCACGUCUUCCUUGGCUUUCUUUCCAUCCACCACUUUUUAAACAAAUCCACACAACCUGUGUUUUCUAUGAUACCUGUCUGUGACUUUCUGGAGCUGGGGGUUCCCCUGCCCCCUUUACCUGGUGUUAAACUUUUUUUUGUACCAAUGGAUCUGGGCCCAAGACACUACCCACACUGGAAGGGGAUUUCUAUAAUAAAUGUGUAAACUGAA